AUGGCGCAACCAUACGAUUCCUACGAUCCCCUUACCCACAUUCCACCCUUCGUGAAACCGCUCGCUCCUUACAUCAAGACCCAGCAGGAAGCUCUCCGAAUUCGCCAGGCCUUGACGUCGUACCUACGCUCGCUGAUUGUCUUCAAAGAUGACACAUCCCACACCUCCCACCUCGCUCUUUGCGCGCCCACCGAUGCCGUCGUUGACGUGAAGCGCGCCCCUGUCGAUCUCUCCGGACUGAGAAAGGAUUAUCUGAAGGCACUGCAGGCAAAUGUAGCUGCCCGGAAAGAUCUUCGCGCCGUGUCGGAGGAAGUGGCUUUACUCAGGCGUCAGAGGGCAUCUUGCAUUCGACCCAUUGAUCCCGAUCCGCAAGAACCCGGCGCAGACCUGCGAGAUUACGUUUCACUUCUGCGGGAUCAGCGUCGUUAUGCGAAGCUACAAGUCUUCCAGCAUUACUUAGAGGAUUUCAAGGCGAAGGAGCCUACUGGCCUGGAUUCAAGUGAAGAUUCAGCCCAGGUCUCGUUGCCCGAAGGGCUGGAAACAGACGUGCCGGAACGAAAAGAUCCUGAUACAGAUCUAGAGGGAUUGGUACACAAACUAGAACGGGCAGUGGUGCGUGCCCAAACACAGUUGGAUCGAGAGAAGCGGUUGUUCGAGAAAAUCAAGACACAGCAUGACGCCAGAGGAAAAGCUUCAGACUCUGUGCCAUCCGCAGUCAAGGCCCAGGCAUUGCAGCGCACACGCGAUGAACUGGUCCAAUGGGUUGAAGAACGGUUGGUCAGUGAAGUAGAUCCGGAUGAGAGUAUGGUCGAUCUUCAGCCGGAAGACAUUGAAGAGGCCCAGCGUCUACUAGAGCAGCAUAAAAUGCAAAUCAAGGAGCAAUAUGCUGCCUAUCUACAGGCACGACGAGAGCUUCUUGAUGCCGCUUCCAAGGCCUGCCAACCUGUGACUGUGACCCCCAAGCCUCCAUCCCGGACCACCUACAGAGCCGAUAUACUCGAGGAAAUCCCCGCUCCGAGUUCAUUGGAUGUCCUCUCUUACGCGACCGAAACCCUGGUCCCUCUUUCCAAAGCCCAGAAGUCACUAGCCCUGCAAAGGUCCUAUCUUUCUGGGCUUCUCGCCAAGGAAAAAUCCACCGCUCUACGUGCACUGCACCGUAUACGUGAUGAGAGCCACCUCCUCCCCGAGUACCCUAUUCUGGCCCGCCAGCCCCGCUUUAAACACGCGGUUGCAGCCCUUAAUUCACAUCAAUCUCAAUCCCCUCAAAGACAGUCUGAUGAAGUGGUCAGUCUAGCAGAAGCUUGGGCAUUUGCCUCUGAGGCAGCCGCCGCGAACGAAAGUGAAUUUGUACAACAAAAAGUGGCAUUGGGAACUGAGGUUGCCCAGGAUGCACGACAGACAUUGGACGAGGUUUACGGUGCUUUAAAUCAAGCAGGUGUUACGCAGGCGGAUCCUGAGCCGUCAGAUAUUUGGGCGGAACAAACGCGAGUCGGCCACAGUGGGUCCCGGGAGAAACGACCACAAGGACCCUGGUCGAGACUGCACGGGCGUGUUGGACUAGAAUAG